CUGCCCUUCUCAUCUUCUGUAUCAUCACACAAUGCCUCCAAAGAAAGGAAAAGCUGCUCCUAAGCCCAAGGGCAAGAAGGCCCCUCAAGCUGAGCCCGCUACCAAUGGUGUCGCCGAGACGGCCGAUGAGACCGCAGCUCCCGUUGAUCACGCACCUGCUGCCGAGGAGACCAAGGUAGAGGAGCCUACUGCUGAGACGUCCAAGCCUGAGGAACCUGUCGUCGAAGAGUCCAAGGCAGAAGAAUCAACCACCGAGGAUGCGCCCAAGACCGAGGAGCCCGUUACUGCUGCACAACCUGAAGAGCAACCUGUCGCUGAAGCAGAGCCCGUCAGCGCUCCCAAGGAGACCAAGUCAAAGAAGCGCAAGGGAGCUGCAGAAGCCACUUCCGAACCUGCUGCGACCGAAGCCAAAGCCGACGAGAAGAAGGCGCCUAAGAAGCGCAAGGCUGACGUACCACCACCCCGAGAAGGAGAGCGCAAAUCUGGCCGUGGCGCACAAAAGUCCCAACCCACCACCGAGCAACUCUUGAACUACCUUCUCUCCGAGGCUUCUGCCGAAUUGUGUCGCCCUGACGACGAAUCGCAAGAGUUGAAAAAACACGGUGCAGACUACAAAACCUACUCUUCCUCCGCUCUCAGCCCCUUCGAGGAACUCAUCUGCGCUGCCGUCUUGUCACGCCCCAUCAGCCACAAACUUGGUCUUCGCGCUAUCCGCACCAUUCUCAAUGCGCCCUACUCCUUCACCACCCCCAAAGCCAUCAUCAGUGCCGGCAAGGAAAAGAGACAUCAAGCCCUCGACGACGCAAAGACACAGCACAAAGACAAGACCGCCGAGCAAAUCGGUCUAGUUGCCGAUGUCGUGGCCCACAAAUUCGGCAAGGACGACACGGACACCAGUCUCGAUAGACUCAGAGAGCAGGCUUCCAAGGGAUGGGACAUGGAGCGUGAUCUGCUGCAAGAGAACAUCAAAGGUGUCGGCAAAACUGGUCUCGACAUCUUCUUCCGCCGUGUGCAGUGGUUGUGGCCUGAAGCUUUCCCUUUCGUUGACGAGAGAUCGAGCCGUGGUAUCGAGAAGCUGGGACUGCCCAAGCAUCCUGACGAGCUCGCCAAAGUGCUGGAUAGAUACUGGGCUAAACUCGACACCAGUGCAUUGGAGAAGGGAGACAAGGAGACCAAGAAGAGAAGAGCUUUCGUUGUUAUCUGCGAGAGAGCCACAGCCGCUGAUCUGGAGGGCAAGUCAGACGCUAUUCUCGAAGCCGCUGUUUCGUCGUAGACAUGUUGAGUGCCCGUUGA